UUCGCCCCGCCCCGCGCCGGCGGCCGCUCAGUGCCCGGGCAGCGGCGGCGGCGGCUGCAGGAGCGUGAGGAGGUGGCGGUACCGGCACUGGCCUCCCCUUCUCUCUUCAGCGCUCACCUCGGCGGCCGUUAGCGGCCCGCGCGCUCCCCAACGGUCACUCCGCCUCAGCAACCGUUAAACCGCCGCUUCCGGCCGCAGCUGCCCCCCCCCCCCCGGCCUCACCUCACCUCAGGGGCUGAGGUGGCCGCCGGGCGAUGAACUCGCUGCUCUUCGGGGAAAUGGCCCGCGCCUUCUCCCCCGGCGCGGCGGCCGCCUCCUGCCCGCUGGGGCCCGGCGGUGGCGGCGGCCCCGGGAGCCCGGCAACGGCGGCAGCAGCGGCGGCGGCGGGGGGCCCGCCGGUAACGGCGGCGCUUCGUAACGACCUGGGCUCCAACAUCCACCUGCUGAAGGGGCUGAACGUGCGGUUCCGCUGUUUCCUGGCCAAGGUCCACGAGCUGGAGCGGCGCAACCGGCUGCUGGAGAAGCAGCUGGCGGCCCAGCAGAGCGAACGCGACCGCCGCCUGCGCUACAAGACCUUCUCCCGCGACCAGGCCGUGCAGACCGACUCCGGUACCCUCCCGCUGCUGCCGCCGUCGGGCCCCGGCCACGGCCUGGCCGCCGCUCCCCUCGCCUCGCCGCCCCACUACAGCCGCUUGCCCGGUACCAUCUGGAGUUACACCCAGGUGCGGCGUACCGGAGGCGGCGGGUUGGAGACGGUGCAAGGGCCCGGUGUCUCCUGGAUCCAUCCGGACGGCGUCGGGGUACAAAUCGACACCAUCACCCCCGAGAUCCGUGCCCUCUACAACGUGCUGGCCAAAGUCAAGCGGGAGCGGGAUGAGUACAAGAGAAAAUGGGAAGAGGAACUGACGAGAAGAAUGAGUCUGGAAUCUAUGGUAGAAACCUUGCGAGAGGAGGCGCAGGAAGCGGAAGCUCUCCAGGAGGAGUUAAAUGAAAAGAUUGAGAGACUGAAAGCAGAACUUGUGGUCUUUAAGGGUCUGAUGAGUGAUCCCAUGACAGACCUGGACACAAAGAUUCAAGAAAAGGCCAUGAAGGUGGACAUGGACAUCUGUCGGCGAAUCGAUAUCACAGCCAAGCUGUGUGAUGUAGCGCAGCAGCGCAACUCUGAAGACGUUUCCAAGAUAUUCCAGGUGGCUUCCAAGAAGAAAGAACGCAAGCUCGCAUCUGAUGAUGACCUCUCUGAACAGGAUGGAGACAAUGGCAGGUUCUCUGAUGAUGAGGUCAGCUGUUCUUUGAACAUCACGGAUGAAAUGAAGCGUAUGUUUAAUCAGCUUCGUGAGACAUUUGAUUUUGAUGACGACUGUGAUAGUUUAACGUGGGAGGAGAAUGAGGAAACGUUGCUUCUUUGGGAAGACUUCACAAACUGCAAUCCUUCAAUUGACCUCCAAGGAGAAGAAGAAAACCUGGGAAACUUGAUCCACGAAACAGAGUCUUUCUUUAAAACGAGAGACAAGGAAUACCAAGAAACAAUAGGACAGAUAGAGCUGGAAUUGGCCACAGCCAAGAGCGACAUGAAUCGCCACCUUCAUGAAUAUAUGGAAAUGUGUAGUAUGAAAAGGGGCCUGGAUGUACAAAUGGAAACCUGUCGUAGGCUUAUCAAAGGCUCAGCUGACAGAAAUUCUCCAUCUCCCAGCUCUGUAGCCAGCAGUGACUCAGGAAACACAGAUGAAAUUCAGGAUGAAUUGGACAGAGAGACGGAUGUGGAGCCCAUGGUCAGCUGAUACGUAGUUGGAGCAUUCCAGUGAAAGGGAAGAUACAAGAAAAGAUUAAAAAACAGUACACUGCUGGGGGAAAAAAAAAAGACUUGUAAGCCCUUGCACAGGGUUUCUAAGGACUCAUUCCUACACGCAUCCCCACCCCACCCAAGGAUUGGUGCUGUAAAUUUCUAUUGUUACACAAAUCAUAAAUGCAGAGUCCUGUAAGAAAACAUGGUGUUUUAAUUGUGCCUUUGCCCCAAGCUGAGCCACUUUGAGCUCCAGUGGAAUAUUAAUAGCAGGUGUUUUUAUAAAAAAAAAUACUAUUUAAAAAAAAAUAAUCUGGUAGCAGCAGAGAAUGGUGCUGCAAAGGCUCUGGGUAUUUCAAUAAGCUUAUGGUUUUAUUGAACUGCUGCGCUGAUUGGCAAAAGGAACGCUGGCAAAAUGAGAAGCGAACUCAAGACAAUUAUGGUACAAUUACCAAUGUCUGGCACAAAAAAGAAUGCCUCCAAAUUGGAUUGUAAACACUUAAAACUAAUAGCGGGUUUAGAGGCAGCAUUUAGGAUUAAGCAGUUAUACAAUAUUAAAAGGAAUUUCUUCACCCCAUCUUUUUGGGUGAAGGAGCCUUUGAGAUUUGUACAAGCUUUCUGCUAGACUCCAGAAUCUGAAGCAGCAAGUCUCAGCUCGGUGGCAAAGCGGGUGGACGAAGGAGGGUUCAGGGGCGUGGGACUAUCACUGAUAAACUACUAUGCAAAAAAAAAAAAAAAAAAAAAAGCUCGCCUUAUUUAUAUGGAAUGUUUGGUCCCUGCUGGGCUACAGUUAUCUUUAUCUCUUGGGGAAAGGAAAGCUAAACACACGUUUGCACAUGUUAGUUAUCUGUAGAGCUUCUUUUGAGGAGGAAUGUCGUAUUACAAUGCCUUUGUUUCCCGUGAUUGGAUUAAGAGGGUAAUCAGCCCUUCAGUUUUUGUCCUGUUUUCUUUUUUCAGGAUUUUUUUUUUUUUUAAACCAUAGUGUUUGUAGAUUUUACUUUGCUGACAGGGAGAUAACUCCAUUUUAUGCUGCUUUCACGAUGUUUGGAGUGGGAUAGUUGAAGCAUCAGGAUAAACUGACGUGCGGUGGUGUAGAUGUAGGCUUGAGACAUGGCACUGGGAGAGUUCCAGACCACUGUUCUUCAGAAAAGCUGAACAUCGGAAAAUACUGUAAUCCUUUAGGGCGUAGUAAAAUGAAUCCCAAACUACUGCUGCCCUAGAAUUAGGGAAGAACAGCCAUGUGCUUUCUCUGUGAGAAAGGGGGAAGACCUAGGCUUUGUCAGUCUUCCUGUAUUUUUACACAGGAGAAAGCAGCAUCAAAAGUCAGAUCACUUGGUGGUAUUUGAGGAAACUCUGGCAUCAUCAAGCUGUUCACGGUUAUUAAUGGGAAUUGUAGCACCUCAGCCAGGUAAAAACAGGGUAUAAACCUCAGCCAAUAAUUUUUUUCUUUGUUUUUUAGACCAAGCUUGAAAGUGUAGUUAAUACUGCCUAAAGGUAACUGUGUAGUUAACUAGCAGUUGCAAGACUUGGAGUAAAUACCAAAUGUAUUUUUUUUUCCCUGCCAGGAAGCUUAGGAACUGCUAUGUAGGAGCAGUGCUAGGACUGGACAGGGAAAUACCUGAUUUAAGCACCCUCUCAGUGUUACGUAAAGGUAAGCUGACCGAUCGUUUUAGCUUCCUGAGUGUUGUUUCCAAGCCUCUCUCAGUAUUGAUCUGAAAUCAGUGGGGUUGCAGUGUAAGCAUACAGCCAAUAUAGAUCGGUGUCGCUUUCUUCCAAAAGGAGCACAAGCGUCUCAGCAAAUGCAGAAACGCCUCUCCGUCUUGCGCAGCUUUGCAGAGGGGCAGGACCUCAGAGGGUUUCCGCUAGCACUGUAGCUGUGGGUUACAGCCGUGUCCUCUCAAUUCGAGUCCCGUGUGUUGCUGCCUGGAAUUUCAUCGCUGUUCAGAGCCGUCUCCUGCUUGGACAUGAUGGUGCUUUUAGGCCGUGUGAAUCAAAUGGGUUCCCUGUGGUUUUCAGAUUGAGGAGGAGUACCGGGGUGAUCCAUCUGGAUCCUCAGUGUGGAGGCCAUGAUCCACCAUUGAUGGCUUCAGUCCAGGAAAAUAGAUCCAAGGAUAUUCUUGUGGUCUCCUUACUGAUUGAAAUACUCAGUGCAGUUAAUCAUAGAGUAGCUAGCAACUUCUUGUGGUGUGGGUUAGGGGCUUUUUCAAAGCCUGUUUCAUCGUGUAAAUGUAGAUAACUUUUCUCUGGAAAAGAGACCUGAUUCCAAAGUGCUCACUCCUAUUAUUUCUUAGGUGGCCAAAGUGGUAAAUGUCGUGUUCACUAGGGCUGCAACUUGGGGUGGGUGGGGGGUAAGAGAUGAGCUAUUUUUUCGAGGGGGCUGGGACUGCAUGUUUUCAAUAAAGUACUCUUAAGGUUUUCAAGCCUGUAUGAACUUCAGCUGCUAAUACGUAGUUUCUCACGAGGCUGAGAAACCAUCUGCCAAAGCUGAAUGUCUGUAAUGCUUUAGUGACUUUGGUGGAGGCGUUGUUUAAGCAAUCUACUUGCACAGUGAAUCGGCCUCGUCGGAGGCUCUCGUUCAGCUCUCGUUCAGCUCUCCUCACUUAUGAAAUGCUCUUUGGUACUGGAGAAACUGAGCAAUUACAACGGCCGUCCGGCUUAGCUGCUGUUUUGUUUUGGUUUUCCCUUUAAAACUCAGUAUCCUAGUAGGGAAAAGGCUGAGUGGGUUUUGAAACUAGUAGCUGGUAUGUUGAGGGUAGAGAAUAUCCUCAGUUUGACAGUGAGAGCUGAGUGAGGAAGCGGGAAUGUAGCUGUGGAAACAAGCUAGCUGUACCCUGCCGUUUAUCUCGUAGCCAUAAUUAUGAGGAGCAUCUGUAAUGGGGUUGUAUUUGUGGGUAAGUGUAAGGGAUGUGGGUCUAUAGUAGAGGGUAGAGAAAUAAUGUGUACGAUGGUGAUGUGUAUGACGGUAAAUGACCAUGGUUGUUGGUGUCUAUUUCUUAUAACCAUAUGUAAUCCAUUUUUAAAGAAGAAAAGGUGUUUUCAUACUUGGGAGCGGGGUUUUAUUUUCAUUUAGGUUGUAUAGGAUGGGGCAGAUCAACCUUUCGGGAGUUAGGAGGGUUGGUCCUUGCUAAGUUUCCCUGGAGGUCUUUGGUUUAGUUUCAAGCGAUGCUGCUGAUUUAGCUGACAGUGGUCCUGUUCUGUUUGCAUAUAACCACUCUGUAAAAACCAGAUGAAAAGCUUGCCAGAAAAAAAUUGUGAAAAUGCUGGAACUGAUUUUGAUGACCUCUUUCUUUUUUCCUUUGUAAAGCUGUAAAUACUUUAUUUUUGUUUUCUAUUCUUAAUGCGGUGUCAUAUUGACACUUUUUUAGACUUACAAUCAGAAAAUCCUCCUCAUUGUUUCUCAUUUUUUAAAAGGGGGUUUCAAGGAAGCAAAUUUUUUUGCUUGUUAGCAGUGUAAUAAUAGAGCAAAUUCCUAAAAUGGAUUUGUACAAAAAAAAAAAUGUUUUCAGUAAACAAAUGGCAGUUGCUUUUGUGCAUGUUCAAAAAUGUCCAAAGAAUAAUGUGGUACAAACAUUUUUUCAAAGACUUAGUAAUUAUCAUAUUAGUUCACACAAUGAAAAAAAAACAAAAUUCUUUAAAAAAAAAAAAAGUGUCUGGGGGGGGAAUGUAAUGAAACUCAUCUAAGCUAAAUGUGUAGUCUAUUUAUAAAAACACAGUAUAUAUUCUAUUUUUAUUAGAGGUUUUUAAAGUGCAAACAGAAUUCUGUUAGCAAAUGCAAUUAUUCCCUUGUAAAGUAUCUUCUGCUCUGAUGGGACUCCAAAUUCUCAAACGGUUUCAAGCGCCAACACGGAAACAAUCUAACAGGUAUGGCUGUGAAGCACUUGCCCAUCGCUUCCUCGGAGCAAGAAGGCGGGAAAGAAAAACAGGUUAACAGCUUUUCUGCGAAUGCUGGAUUAUUGCUGUUUCCUCUGUUGGGUUUUUUUUUUUUGCUUCCCCUGACUGCGAGGCAUUGUGCUGCCGAGGGGAAGGACCUCGUUUGCUCCCCUAAAUACCGGCACUGUAGUUUUAAAAUCUGCCCCAGAGCGGGUUUUGUGUUCUACCUGAUUGGAAGAUAAAUUGUGUUUUACACCAGUAUAAAUUGGAAUUAACUCGAUGAAACAACAUAAUAGAUCAGAAUUAUGCCCGAAUACAGAUCUAAAGCUGCUUCUAAUAUGAGAUUUAUUUUUUUGGCAUAACCAUUCCUGCCAGUAAAUACACAAGCGGGGACAUGGGUCCAAGGUUGGCUGAGGAAAAGCCACGGCGAUCGGUGGGUGCUCACAGCCUUGCCACAACGCUGCAGUCUCUGUAAAGCAGCUAUUUCCCUAUUUCCUUACCGUUCUGGAAAAACGUGGAAGAACGUUUGUGUUGGAGCGCACGAGGCAGAGAAUUGCAAUACUGGGAAGUCUCUGAUUGUGUUUCACAUUUGGGAGUGCUUCAUUUUAGAGCUGAAUGUUUAAAGCACGAUUUAUUACAGCAAAAUUAAGAAAUGCUAGUGCUUCCAUGGUGUAAUAAUACCCUGAUGAGGAUUUUCCACAUUUUCCUUCAGGACUUCUGUUGGUUUUUAUUCUUUUGCACUGGUCCAGGACUUGGUUGCAGGGGAACAUCCAUUUGGGUUUGCCUUCAGUGCACCCAAAAGCUUGAUUUUAAGCUUUUAGUAGAAUGUAACUUCUCUCAGUUUAAGUUUUAAAUGAGAAAAGAAACGGCCAAUCAAGGCAACACGUAGUAUCCUGGUGUUAAUAAUGCUGGUUUGAGAGGUGAACUAGAAGCGCUACCUGCCAAAUUCUUCAUUCAGUCCCUUGCCAACCCGUUUCUGGAGAGGGGAACACUGAAGGCUUGAACAAGAGUCUUUGGCAGAGUAACGAAGAAACACUUGAUUAUUUCUUUUUGUCUGUUUUUGUGUGUAGUUCAGUGUCUUAAGACCCUUCCGCGCUUGCGGGAGCCUUUCAAAGCUUCUCUUUUGAAGAAGCAACAAAUUGUGUUUAAGAAGUGGGUAUUUGCUUCUAGAAAUCACGAUUCCCUCCUAAUUUGAGGCACUCCAACAGUGAAGCACUUCUGUUAGCGAAGGUGGUGCUCGUAGGUCUGGCUGGCUCCGUCUCUGGAGAAAAUAACGAUGUUAAUGCUUAAAACAAACCCUGGGGUGGCUUCAAACCCGUGGAUUUCCAUGGCAGAACACCCCAGUACCGCUAUGCCACAAACCCAGCCCGUGGGCUGCCCAAACCGACCAUCCCUGUGCAGAUUUCAGCUGAAAUCCGUAUUAUUAUUUUUUAUAAUCUGAGAGGGUAGAGGAUGAUGAAAAGCUUGGUUACUAGACACACUUCUCGCGUAACGUGGUUUCACCAAAAGAGACACGCAAUUCACCUUAAAACACCUUACCUGCGGCUAAAGCGUACGUAGCGAAGUUCUGCCAAAAAUGAUUAUUUAUUAUUUAAGGUGUUUAAGUGGAGGGUAUUGAUGACUCUUUCCCCAUGCUGUGUCACUUCUUGUCAGUUCCUCUUAGGUCAAGUUAAGAAUUUCUUUUGUACACAUUAAAACAGACUACUGAUCAGUGUGGAAAUGAACCUGUUUACCGUACUGUUGUAAAUAUUGUGCUUUAUAUUCUGUAUAUUAGCUUCUUUUAAAGAAAAAGACUUAACUGAUGAUGCUAUUUGAUCUCUGGGGAGGAAAGGACCAAGGAUGAACCAGCUCCCAAGCUUGCUCCGGAGUUGAGAUGUAAAUCGAUUUCCUCUGUGGCUGGAAGUCUGUCCUGGGUAUUUGAAAGCAGACCAGAUGGUACACACAUUUACCGGCGGUGGAUUUCGGACCAUCAAAGGCUUCGGAAAUUUAAUCCACUUUAGCAGGGGCACGGAGAAACACCGGCAGCGAGAGCCAGAAGCAUUCGUACUCCUCUGAGUUACACCCCAUUAUCUCAGUUUUCCUUUUUUUAGUGCCAAAACCCCUUCCCGCUCUGCUCUCCCGUCCCGCGUCUGUCCGUCCGUGUCCUCGGCCGCACCGCCCCUCCGGAGCGGUUCAUCCUUCGUCGCUCGACCCAUCGGUCGCGUACCCUACGGGCUUCUCUGCGAAAAGGGGCGUGCGGGAGCUUGUCGAUGAAAACGGGUUUACGGUCGUUCUCUUGGUUACAAGGAAAAAAAAAAAACCUGAUAAAAAUAAAUACCAAACUCCUGGUUAAUGGCUGUGCGUGUUAAUUCUUGGCUUGGACACCACCUCUAAAGCAAAAGCUGGUUGUGCAUUUGGAUCGGGGGGCGGGGGGGACGGGGACCUUCCUGUCCCCCUGGAGCCCCAGCUCUGGGCAGGUGAUUUGGGGUCC